AUGGUUCUAUCACCGACGGCAGCGUCAGCGGAAUUCAUCCUUCACACAGCAGGUGCUGGCCAGUGUCCCUCGAACACAAGUACUCCCACACGAUCGGAGUGCCGAAAUGAAGUCGCAAGCGCUCUUGCAGCUCUGGGUUACGAUUACGUGGGUAUGUUUCCCCCGAGCCCCUCGCAGCCCGGGGGUUGCAUGGUAAACCUGAGGACUCGUCAGCUUUACUACAGAAAGAACUUGUGGGGCUCGGGGGGUGGUGGAGAAGGCGACACUGACGUGAGUGUCAUCUGCACCUCGGGCUCCUCGGGGUCCUUGCAAGACAGCCUGCUUUUCAUGAUCGGGGGAAGCGUGGUCGGAUUCUUCGUCCUUGUCUUCUGCUGCAUCGCUGGCGCGAAGACGGAGCCGGAAUAUGCAGGUGGACCGCCGGCUGUGGCCAUCGGUAAAGCGAUGCUGCGCACAGACAGUCAGGAGCUGGUGGAGCCGCUGGAGGAGAUGGCGAUGAAGAGCCUUCCAAAGUACUGGACCGGAUGCCGGGAGAGCCAGGAUAACUUGGGCUUCGACAACCUUGUGUAUGUGCAGCACGAGCAUAUGGAAGUGUUCCAGGAGCUCGUCAACUACACCUACCGGCAGAUACCGACACAAGAUCGUCUAUGCCCAACGGGCGAGCACGGCAAGACCAGGGGUGGAUGCCCUUGUGUGCAGCCUGGUGGAGAGCCUGGCCUACCUACAGGCUACCAGAUCAAGCGUGUCAUCCGUGUGGAAAACUCUGCGAUGUUCACUCGCUACGUCGAUAGAUGCGACCAGAUCAAAAGGUCGCGCUCGUCUUGUGAACCUCCGAACCCCGAGAUUUUCACACGUGCUGCCAUGAAAGCCUCCAGUGGAUUGACCGACGUCUUGUGUGAUGUGGAUGACAGCAUCAACGAGGUGUACCUUUGGCACGGAACGCAAGUUCGAACCGGCCUGGCGAUUGCUCAAACUGAUUUCAGCCUCAAUUUUGCCGGUUCGGGCGCGGGCACGAUGUACGGGAAGGGCUUGUACUUCUCGGAGAGCUGCACCAAAGCCGACGAGUACACCUUGACUGAGCCUCAUGGCCACUACGAGGGUGUGAGGGCCUUGCUCUUAUGCCGUGUGUGCCUGGGCAACUUCCACUACACCUCGGAUCGCGAUCCAUCUGCCAUUGACAAGUACGCGAAGGGCGAGUGUGACAGUACGAUCGGCGACCGCACAAAAGCAGCGAACACUUACCGAGAGAUGGUCGUGUACGAUCGCGACCAGGUCUAUCCAGAAUACUUGGUCCUCUACGAGCGCCUGCACAAGGGCGUGCCUCCUCAGCUGCCGCCGAAAGAUGUGCCGUUCCUGCUAGAGCUGCCGUUGUAUUGGAGGAAUCUCGGCCGCAAUCCGUACAGAGAGAGCUUCCGAGAACACUGGUUGGUGAGGCCAAUGAUCCGCGAGCUCAUCCAGCGACUGGCCAACGGUUCACGUGGCUGCGACCGAGCAGCGCCCAAGGUGGUCCGGGCAAGGCGCAUCGAGGACUCAGUCCUUUGGUGUCGUUACAUUGACUGGAAGAGAUCUUUAGGCGCGAGUCUCAAGGCCAAGGGUGAACUCAAGUGUACACCUCCAAAUGAGCUGAGCGGAAGCCCGGAAUCCAGCUACGCGCUUACUGCACCGAUCUUGGCAGAGUUCCACGGCGGCGAAGUCAUCUCUGCGGAGAACAUGGCGCCGGGUUUGAACGAGAUGCUGUUGUGGCACGGCACCUCGCAAGAGGCAGCGGAGGCCAUCUCUGAGACAGGUUUCCGGGUCCAGACGAGCAGAGCGCAUGGUCGUCGUUUCGGCGAUGGGGUGUACCUCGCAGAGGACUUGAGCAAGAGCCUCAGCUACUGCACCUCAAGCUGUACUUCAAACGGCAACGUGAAAUAUGUCUUGCUCUGUCGAGCAGUCUGUGGCCACAUUCACUACACGGAGGAGAAGUAUCACCCCGAGGCUACGAGUGAAGCAGCAAAGCUGGGUAAGCAGUGCGUACUUGCGCAUCCAGACCGUUCUGCAAGAGAGUAUAUCGUCUUGAAGACGGCACAUGUGUAUCCGGAGUACAUCGUGGAGUUUGACGACUGA